AUGGAAACCAAAAAGCGGCCCAACGAAGAUACUCUUGAGUCUAGGGUUGAAUCAUCUGCAGGGCAUGCAUCCGAAACUAGCCUAGCACCGAUGGACAUUGAAAUGACCAAGGCAGAUUCUCCCCAAACCGUUGUGACUGAAUCGAAUAAAGCGAUUUCAGCUGGUGAUUCUAAUAAAAGGUACAAGCCCACAAAAGAGAGCGAAAAAUCUGGGACUGAUUACUCUUCUGUAUCAACAGAUUUGGCUGAUCCUUCUACUGAGACUAAGGCUCUGGCAGAUUGGGUUGAGAAGAUGGAUGAGGAUGACAAGGCUAAAGGUGGAAUGACUGAAGCCUCUUUGGUCGAUAAAGCGUCAACAAUGAACGAAGACAAACUUCCUGGAUUUAAUUCCACCAAGGUAGAUCCUUCAUCUAAAGAAAUCGACAAAGACUCCAUGUCUUCGAAACCCAAAGCUAUUGCAGAUGAAAGUUCCGAUCGGACUUUAGAAAACAUCGGCAAGGAGUCCGUUGUAGGAUUAUCCGAUUCUAUUCUUGCAGUCGGGUCUCUGUCAGAGCCACUUGUCAGUACGCUGGAAACGUUGGAGAAUGAGGAACAGGCCUCAAUCAAUAAUACAAAGCAAUCUCCAGUGCAGGAGGCAGAUGAUACGAAUACCCACCCUCAGUCCCCUUCAACUACAGUAGACACUAAAAUGGACACAGAUACCAGAAUUAGUGAACCAAUGAACCAUAACUUUACGAAUCAGGCGGUGGACGACACAGUAGAGUGUGAGGGAACUGCGAGUAAGAAAGAGCAAUCCCACCCAUAUCCUGAUACUGCAGGACAGCAUCAGAAUAUUAAUAAUGAUGAUAAUAGCAACAAUAACAUUAAUGGCAACCUUCAACAGUCUGAGCCUGACAGAAGCGCAUCAGUAAAGAUUUCCGAUAUAUUUGUUAAGGAGGGCUCUACUAUAGAGGCAUCCCAAGCUGCCAGUGCUAUUGAAUCAGUCAAUGGUGCUUUGGAAAAAAAUAGCGAUGGGCUUUGGCAUAGUUCGCGAGAAGCUGACACGAUGGCUGUACAAGCAAAGCCCCUGUCAGAGUCAAAGGAGACCAGACCUGAACCAGAAGAGAAGGAGUCAUCAUAUCCUAUCAACCGUCCGACUCAACAACCGACACUAUCUUCUGCUUCUCAUCCUCCAGGUACUCAAGCUGCAUCGUCCAAUCCGGACGUUAGGGGCAAUAGCUUGCCUCCUAUCAGCUCACUCUCUGCUUCACAAGAUGUGCCAGCUUCUUCACAGCCAUUACAGACUACUACUAGGCCAUCACGGAGUUCCAUGUCUGUUUCCGCACUUUUGCUCAAUAACGAUGACGUUCAGGAGCAAGAACAGGACCAUGGUAGGCGUAACUCAAAAAACAUUUUUGAUCCAUUUGGUGCAUCUGAUUCCGCUUCCAAGGCUUCUUCACCAUCACCAGUUCCAGUAAAACCGUUGCAUCCUACUUCCUCACAGACUAUGACAUCGUCUCAACCGCUUUCGCAGCUGUCUAAAGCACCCUUAACUCCACAUCAGUCUUCGCCAACUUCGCCACGUUUGUCAAGUAGUGCUGCUGCCUCUGCACGCGCCCAAGAUUCUAUGGAGGUAGCACCUAUACAUCAAAGCAGUAGUGAAUAUGGACGAGAUAAUUUACCAAGUGGGCGUAAUUAUGAUUCAGCGCUACAACCUCAUCCAACGUCUAAAGGUCUCACCAAUAGAGACUAUGCUUCAGAUGAGAUUGUAGAAUCGGGAGGGAUGGGAGGGUAUGCAAACCAGCGCCAUCGUCUUUCAUCACCAGUAGGUGUUCGGCCUCUACAGGAGCCAGUCAGUGGAUCUGCUACUACAGGUUCGGGUCAUCAGAAUAAUAAAUUACCAGGACUCGGAAGCAUAGCAAGCGUAACGCCUGCACAUGCACAUGAUCCCCAUUUUCAUUCUGGAGGCUACAGGAACGAUAACUCGCAUGUCUCUAUAAGUAGCAGUCGAACUAGAUCGUUUUCUCCUAACCAGCACACACAUUCUUCUGGAGCAAAUGGCCCUGCACACUAUUCUGGUACCACAGGGCAUAUUAGUUACUCAGGACUGUCUCAAACGUCACCGUCGUCUGCCAUGCUAGUAGGAGCUGGAUCUGCAAACCAUCAUCCGAGGUUGAUUGUCAAGAAUGAUCCAAAUUUGAAAAUGGAAGGACGACCAGAGCAAUUUUUAGGUGAGAGCAGUUAA